CGGCGGGGCUGCCCCUGCCCCCGGCGAGGGGAGCGGCUCCCGGACUCCUCCUCCGGCCGCCCCGGCUGCCCUGCCCUGCCUUCCCUCACCUCCUCCUUCUUCUGUCUAAAAAUGGGAGAGACCAGCCGGGCCGCCGGGCCGGGGCUGCCUUCCUCCCCCUCUCCUCCUCCUCCUCCGUCCCCGCGCUCCGCCCGCAGCCUCUCGCCGCCGCUCGGGACAGGGACCCCGCGGCCCGGCGGGGACAUCACCGGGCGUCUCACCUUCCCCCUGCUGUCUGUCACCCUUCUGGUAUCCUUUGGCUCCUCCAUGCUCUAUGGCUACAACCUUGCUGUGGUGAACUCACCGGCAGAGCACAUAAAGGCUUUCUACAACGCCACGUGGUCCCAGCGGUACGGGCACGGGCUGGGCCCUGCCCCCCUGACCCUCCUGUACGCCCUGACUGUCUCCAUCUUCGCCCUGGGCGGGCUGCUGGGCUCCCUGCUGGUGGGGGUGCUGGUGGAGCGCUACGGCAGGAAUGGUGCUCUGAGCCGCAGCGCUCUCCUCGUCCUCCUGGCCGGCGGCUUCAUGGGCUUCAGCCGGGAGCUGGGGUGCCCCGAGAUGGUGAUCAUCGGCCGCUCCAUCACGGGCAUCCACUCAGGUAUCUGUCUCAGUGUGGUGCCCCUCUACCUGGGAGAAAUCGCUCCCAAGAACCUGCGGGGAUUCCUGGGCCUCGUGCCCAGCAUCUUCAUCUGCCUGGGGGUUUUCUCGGCCCAGGUCCUGGGCCUGCCAGAACUGCUGGGCAAGGACAGGUUCUGGCCCCUUUUCCUGUCCGUGGUGGUUGUUCCUGCCUCCCUCCAGCUCCUGCUGCUGCACUGCUUCCCAGAGAGCCCUCGGUACCUGCUGAUAGAGAGAAAUGACAUCUGUGGGGCCACCAAAGCACUGCGCCGGUUCCUGGGGAGCCCCGACGUCCAGGAUGUGAUCGAGGAGAUGAAGGAGGAGCAGCGGUCGCUCUCCUCCGUGGAGAUGGCAUCAGUCUGGCAGCUGCUGCGGGAGCGCUCGGUGCGCUGGCAGACGCUCUCGGUGCUGGUGGUGAACGCUGGCAUGCAGCUCUCGGGGAUUGAUGCCAUCUGGUUUUACACCAACACCAUCUUCGAGAACGCCGGGAUCCCCGUGUCCCAGAUCCCCUACACCACCAUGGGCACCGGCGCCAUUGAGGUCGUUGCCGGGCUGAUCGGGUGCUUCACCAUCGAGAGGGUGGGCCGGCGGCCCCUCAUCAUCACCGGCUUCUGUGCCAUGGGUGUCUGCUCAGCUGGCAUCACCAUCUCCCUGCUGCUGCAGGCCGCCCUGCCCUGGAUGCGCUACCUCAGCGUUGCCUGCGUGGUCGGCAUCAUCGCUGGCUUCUGCAUGGGACCAGCUGGUGUCCCCUUCCUGAUGACAGCCGAGCUCUUCACGCAGUCACACCGCCCGGCUGCCUACAUUGUGGGGGGCUCCCUCAACUGGCUCUGCAACUUCACCGUCGGCUUCAUCUUCCCCUUCCUGCAGAUGUCAGCCGGUGCCUUUUGCUACCUGGUUUUCUGUGGUGUCUGCCUGCUGGUGGCCCUAUAUGUCUACCUUGUCAUCCCCGAGACCAAGAACAAAACCUUCAUGGAGAUCAGCCACGUCUUCGCCACGCGCCGCUCCGUCCUCUGCGUGCCAGCCCCCCUCAUUGGCAUGAUGAAGCUCGAUGGCUACGGGGCUUUGGAGGGCAGCUCCCUGGAGGGCUCAGGCUCCAGCCUGCCCUGAUCUCAGUGGGCUGGGAGGAUGGGGAUGGGGAAGGAUGUGGGGACCAAUUGGUUCCAACCUGGUCAUCGCUGGGUCUCUCCAUGGCACAGUCUGGGCCCUGGGUGAGCCCCAUUGAUGCACCAAGGUUGCACUGACUGCUGGGCAUGGUCCCCAUGCUGGAGGAGAUGCUCCCGCAGAGACAAGGGGACCCCCUGGAGCAGGGGAUUCUCAUUGCUCCUGGGUGUGGGGCCUUGGCAGGAGCUUCUGGCAUGAUCUGUUUAAUAAAGGGCAUUGCCACCAGAGCCAUUGUUUGGCAAGUUUAGCCUGGAAUGGCAGCAAGCAGGAGUGUGCUGGAAUGGGCGGGUGCUUCUCCAUCACCAGGGAAGAGCAGAAUGGGAAGAGGGGCUUGUCCUCCUGCCCUCUGUGACUGGAAAGGUCAAAGUCACCCCACAUUUUCUAGGAAGGGUGGUCAGGAUGGCUCUUGCAUCUCACCCCAAGCUGGUCAUGCAAAGCUGGAGGCUGCUGCAGAAGGGACAUGGAGCAGUUCUGAGCUGGGGGUGACUGUGCAGCCACUGUUCCCUCCGCAGGCUGCUGGAAACCCUUGGUGCCUGGCCACUGAGUGCUUCCAUGGGAACUCUGCUCACUCCCAAACUCCCUGGAGGACAAAGGGAUCCAGGAUACACCCUGAUCCCCUUACUGCACCCCGUGAAUUGCUGUGACCCCAACGUGCUCUCCAAGCACGACCGCUCCCAUGGCUCUGCCCUGAAUCCUGGGGGCUGUGUUUGCAGGGAGAGGCUGUCCUGUGUCCCAGGACACCCCCAGCAGCUCCCACAAAUACCAUGGUACACCACGGGGUUCCCAGACCUGCCGGGAGCUGUCAUCUGCAGGAAAACGACAACAUUUUGUGCUGGUGAGAGGUAAGCCCAGGUUGGGGGGAGGGCUGUGUGGCCAAAACAUUCAUGCCAGCACAAACAUCAUUUUUUGCAAAUAAUUUAGCCUUUUAUUUUUCCAGUUUCCCUCUCCAUGACUGGUCCACAGCCUGGUGUUUGGUGUUUGUGGUCACUUAGUGAGGAGCCCUUCCCACAUCCCUUGGCAAAUC